AUGGCUGCACUUCCUUCGAUCAGCUCACACUCAUCUUCAUCUUCUUUGUAUCCUAAUUAUCAAUCAUCACCACUAAUUUUCUCUUCGAAGACUACCCAAGAACUUAGCUUACCUACGUUCACUAUCAGAUCAAGUGGAUCUUUAAGGGGCAGGUUAACCUCAUGCACAGUUCCAAGAGGCCUAAAGGUCUUCAAUGCAGCAACAAAACCUGCGAAAUCACCAGCUGAAGAAGAUUGGAAGACUAAGAGGGCAUUUCUUCAACAGAAAAAGGUCAGGAGUGUGGAUGUGAAGGAAGCUCUGCGACUUCAGAAAGAAAACAACUUUGUGAUUCUUGAUGUGAGACCAGAAGCAGAAUUCAAAGAGGCUCAUCCACCAGGUGCUAUCAAUGUACAGAUAUAUAGGCUUAUAAAGGAAUGGACAGCAUGGGACAUUGCAAGGCGCGCUGCAUUUGCAUUUUUUGGCAUCUUUGCUGGGACAGAAGAAAAUCCUGAGUUUGUGCAGGCUGUGGAAUCAAAGAUCGAUAGAAAUGCAAAGAUAAUAGUGGCCUGCACAGCCGGAGGUACAAUGAAGCCAUCCCAAAAUCUUCCUGAAGGUCAACAGUCAAGAUCACUGAUAGCAGCCUACCUACUAGUCCUAAAUGGUUACAAGAACGUCUUCCACUUAGAAGGGGGCCUCUACACAUGGUUCAAAGAGGGUUUGCCUACAGAGUGGGAAGAGUGA